CGUCGAUCGACGAUCGAUUCACAUUGUUAGGAAUCUGGUGAUGUGGAAGUCGCAAUAAUGACCGGUCGUCAGAGCAGUUUCUUAAUACAUACGUGCUCGGAAUUGAUGAGUAGAUAGUUUUAACGUCGUUGACGGCACGUGCAAAAUACUGUGUGUUCCGAUCUACUCUGGUGGUGUCAGAGUUCAGCUAGUCGCGAUAGAAGAAUGCGUGCGGUAUGGCACCGAUGGAAAAUUACGGACGCGGAUCAGCUAUUUCCAGGAGCGAUCCUUAUAUUCACAACUGGAGAAUCCGAGAGAAACAGCAAAAUCAGGAAGACAGCAGUCCUUCUUCAGACACAUUGGAUCUGAGCUCGCACCAUCAUCAUUACAACAACAACGACAAUUCGAACGGUGUCAGUAGCUCCACCGCGUCUGGUGGUCUACAAGAAAUAGUCAUGAAAGAAAAAAGCAAGAACGCGGCGCGAUCGCGCCGCGUUAAGGAAAAUCAAGAAUUUUUAGAAUUGGCAAAGCUGUUGCCACUUCCGGCAGCUAUCACCACGCAACUGGAUAAGGCCAGUAUCAUCAGACUGACCACCAGUUACUUGAAGAUGAGAGCUGUCUUUCCACACGGACUUGGAGAUGAAUGGGGUGCCGCGCCACCACCCAACAAUCCCCUGGAGACCACCAUCAAGGAACUGGGCUCGUAUCUUUUACAAACACUAGAUGGCUUUAUCUUUGUCGUGGCACCGGAUGGGAAAAUUAUGUACAUAAGCGAGACAGCUAGUGUGCAUUUAGGUUUGUCCCAGGUGGGAGAUAUCCUCUUAUUUAUUGAACUUGUCAUACAUUGUUCCGGUUAUUUAAAAUGUAUCGUGGAGGCACCUAUCGGGUCGGAAUACGAGGACGGUGUUGGACGGUGCAUCCGUAAUGUCGGUUUAAUGGCCGUUGGCCAUUCGCUGCCGACCAGUUCCAUAACCGAAAUUAAAUUGCAUCACAACAUGUUCAUGUUUCGAGCUUCACUCGAUUUGAAGCUCAUAUUCCUGGAUGCGCGCGUAGCUCAAUUAACAGGCUAUGAUCCACCGGAUCUAAUCGAGAAAACACUAUAUCAUUACGUGCAUGGAUGUGACGUCCUGCAACUGCGACAUGCUCAUCACGUUUUGCUGCGCAAGGGUCAAGUGACAACAAGGUACUAUAGGUUUCUGACAAAAACUGGCGGUUGGGUGUGGAUGCAGUCGUACGUGACAAUCGUGCAUAACUCGCGAAGUUCACGUCCGCACUGCAUCGUGUCCGUCAACUACGUGUUGACGGCCACCGAGAACCCGGGCUUGAUCCUGAAUUGCGAGCAGAAAUCGUCCUGCUCGAGUCCGGGAAAUCCUCCGAGCGCUCCCGUGUCGACACCAGUCACGAUUGGUGCAAGUGACCUGGACAAUCACAGCCCGAGCCCGCCUUCUUAUCGCAGAACCAAGGAACCACCCGAUACCGAUUACGCUGACAGUUCUGGUUAUCCCAAUUCGGACUACAUGGCAAGUUCGAAUCACAACCAUUAUCUGCCAUCGUAUGCAUCGCACAGCAUCAAUGGCGCUCACGAGGAUAGCGCUUAUUACAGUCCGGAUUUGUUCUAUCAGUACAAUGACCUUCACCAAGAUCCCGUCAAUGCCUUGCAUCACCAACAAGAUACGCAUCAUCAGCAUCUUCUGCAUCACGUCACAUCCCUGACUAUUCAGCAGCACAGCCCGCAGAACAACCAGCAGAAACGGCAACAUCCCCAACACAUAUUGCAUCAGGGUGGAACCUCGUUGACGUCUCUCGAACAGCAACAGCAACACAGUCCGCAGAGCGGCCAGCAGAAACGGCCUUACUCGACGUCCUCGAGUUCCUGCGCUAGCAACGACGGCCUGGACGUACACCUGACGAAUUCCCUGUUACCAUCGGGAUACCAUUCGUCGCAUCAUCAUCAUCAUCACAUGCCGCCGGAUUCGACGUCGUCGACGACGUUGAGCGAGGCCGGCGGCGUCAUCAUGUACCCAAACUGCGGUUUCAACAACAACGAAAGCUAUAACACCGCCCCGCUGCAGCAGCAUCACGAUGGCUAUCAGCAGGGCCACCCUCAAGGCCACCAUAGUAACGGUACGGUGAAGCAUCCGCAUCAUCAUCAUCUGGACGCUUCGUCGGCCGGCUACACCAGCGUUAUCGUCGAUUCCCAGCAAUACAGCCCUAACACUGUUUCCCAGGAUCUGCAUGGACACCAGACGGCACCGGUGAACGGCGGCACGCCGCCGCUGCACCACCAACCUCAUUACGAGACGCAUCAUCAGUUUGUUCACUGACAUCAAUUUGAGGUGCCUUGCGCGUAGCACUUCGACGCCGCUUGCGACGAUGGCGCGUGCGGGCAUCAUCAACAUCAUCAUCGUCAUCAUCAUCAGCAACAGCAACAGCAGCAGCAACAGCAGCAGCAGCAGCAGCAGCAGCAGCAGCAACGUCAUUGCGCAACGUCAGAAUGUAGUGGAGAACAGUAUGCUGAGCAUGAGAUGAAUAGUGAAACUUACCAUCUUACUGGGUCUCAGGUCACCUAUGUCACGCCCUACAAACGACUCUGGAAGCUGGAGGAGCGAAGUGUCCCGACUUUAAGAGAUGCUUCCCAAAGUUCUACGUAGGGAAAGGGAGGCUGCGGCAAAACUGGCAUACCAUCUGUGAGCUAAGCUUGAGGAAACACGUAACUGACCCUACUCAUAAUUCUACGCCGCGCAUGUUUUUCUUUUCCUCAUAUUAUCACAUUAUCGCAGUAGAAUUUCGAUAGCGACGUCGACGACUUCAGUGACGGUCAAAGCGAACCUCUUUGACUCGAAUAUUCUUUAUCACAACUUUGAUAGGUAUUAUUAAAAUGAAAAUAUGAUAAUGACGAGAUAAUUCUAAUAACAUUUUUGAAAAUUAUAAAAACUUUACGGGAUCAAUCUCGAUUGUAUUGCAAUUAGAGAUAAUUAUUUAUAAGAAAAUUUAACAAAAGAAUAUUUUCGUAGACAAUAUUAUU